UGACAAUUCGAUAAUUUUGUAAGAAACCAAAAUAGAUCGUUUUAUGCUGGAUUUCUACGAAUGAAAUGCUCUGAGAGCGAUUGGAAAAUUUCUAAAGAGGGCGGCCAAAUUAAAGAUUUAGAUGUCCGUAGACGACACAGGGCGUCCACUCAUUGAUUUUGCCUCGGAAGGCCGGCUAAACGGACCUGAUGUAGUUCCGUAUCACGCGGACCCGGCCAGUUACAGCACAGCCAUAGUUGGCGGUUCUCAUUACGAUAGUAGGACUUCUGAACAAAGACCUUUACUCGGCAGAUCGAGAUCUCGAAUGGACAGUCACAGUGAUACUGAAUACCAAGGAAAUCACUUUGACGAUCCAGAGUUUAGCAGCCUUAUACAAGCCGCCGAACAAGCUAUUGAUGUAGGAAUUUUGCCCGAACGUAUCUACCAAGGAUCCAGUGGCAGUUACUUCGUAAAAGACAAAGAGGGGGUAAGAUUUUUCAUACAUGGCUUUUCAUUGAUAUUUCACGUCAAUACUCACCUUGUCUAGACGAAAUUCCACGGAAAAAUCUCAAAUCGAAACUCACUUAGAUAUAUGGUAUUUGUUUUCAACAUGAUGGGUACUCGUCGUUCAGCAAGACCCUAUUUCCGGUUUCCCUUUCUCGACAAAACGCCUCACAAGUACAUCUUAUAAAGUAAAUCUAACGGUAUUAUUACAACGAAAAAUCGUUUGAAUGUUCACCAAUUUGCUUCUGAUUGCUAUCAUCUUUGUUAUUGUUAAGACAUGAGAAAUCUUACAUUCAUUAUUAAUGUGUAAAGAUACACCAAUAUUUAAAUUUUCCUUUUGAAUAUUGUUAUCCCUAUUUUUGAACCAAUUUAAGCUGAGCUGAACAGAGAAGUUUUUUUUUUACCCAAGUUAUGUGUGCUUAAGGGAGCUUAGUGUACAUUUCUUUUCAUUUUUAUUCAUAAAUUGCUUUCCAUUACAUUUGUUUAUAACUGUAUGCGGUUAUAUUUAUAUAUUAAUAUAAUUGGUUUCAAACUAGUUUUAGUUAUGUUUCAAGGGGUAAGUUUCUAAAGAAACUGUGGUGCUGUGUUGUCAGGAGAGUUUAACAGGGUAAUUUAGUAUUAGAAACUGAGUUGAUAAUGUAAAUUGGCUGUCUUAAAGAGUUUUAAACUCUGUGAACUAUCCAAACCAAAAUUAAGUCAAGUUUACAUUUGCCUGUGCACAUUUAUUUGCAUAAUAAACUUAAAGGUAAACAGAUGUAAUUUUGAACAAUGUCUCUUCAGUACUUUUAAGUAUUCUUUAUGGUGUUUGAUUUCAAACUUUCCUAUAUGUGUGCAGGCAGAAAAAAGUAUUGGAAGUUGACAAUACUCAUAAACUUUAGUUUCCAAAUUUAUUCUACAAUCGUUUAAUUAUUGUCUGCAGAAGAAGAUUGGUGUAUUUAAACCUAAAGAUGAAGAGCCCUAUGGACAUCUUAAUCCCAAGUGGACAAAAUGGUGUCACAAGAUUUGCUGUCCAUGUUGUUUUGGUAGAAAUUGUUUAAUUCCAAACCAAGGAUAUCUCUCUGAGGCUGGAGCAAGCCUUGUGGAUCAGAAACUUGGUCUAAAUAUUGUUCCUAAGACAAAGGUAAGGUGACUAUUGACUAACAAAUGCAAAUUUUACUCCUCAUAUUUGUAUCAUAAAAUGUAAGUGGUGUAAAGACUAAAAGGUUUAAGAGGCUCAGUUGUUAGCAUUCAAGUCAGGAUUAUUGGGUUGUGUUCUUUGGAAAGACACCUAAUUCUCUCAGUGCUUCUCUCCUUGCAGAAAUAUUAAAAAAAAAAUACAUGUAGAUUCUGGUGAUACUCAUUUAUACAGUCAUUUUGUGUAAAUCAAACCAGUUAAGCUCCUGUAGUAGCAUGCCACAGGACUCUAAAUACUCCACUUACAGUGAUACAGAGAAAAAUGAGGGGUGUAAAUAGCUUUUAUUUUCAUCCAUAACUCAGUGAUAUCAUAGGAUUUAUUUAUUUAUUUUUAUUUUCUUGACUUUUAGGUUGUCAGACUUGCUAGUGAUACGUUUAAUUACACAGCAUUUGAUCGGGCAAAAGCAAGAUCGAAAAGGUUUGCUACAGAAAGAUUUCCUGAUACUUUAGGAAAACAUGUGAAAGCAGGACUUCCUCCAAAGGUAUUUCACUGAAUGAUUGUAUUGAAUAAAUGUGAUAAAUGGCUUUAAUAGUUAUUUUCUCAUUUAAAUCAAUAUAGUCCAAAGGAAAACAAAUUAUUAGGGACAUGCUUUAACCUUUAUGCAGGGAUUUCAGAACAAGCAGAUGAUCGCUGGAGUUCCGUCAGCUACUUGAUAACGUGUUGCUGGUUAUUCUGGUUAAAAUCAUUAAUUUUUAGGCCCUUUAAAUGAACUUUUCAUAGUCACCUAGUUUUGCCAAGUCUGACGCCUACUUCAAAACAUUUUGAAAACCCUCUUUAUGACCAUGUUAUGGUUCAAACCAAAAAUUACAUGCACAUGUAGAUCAGUAAUAUUUUAAAGUAGGUUCAGUUUAAUUUUCUUUCACGCAUGAUUAUCAGUUGCAACUCCUGUGGAACAGACAGAAAUGUAGACAAAACAAAUUUAGAAUUAUUUAAACCUCAAAUAGCAGGUGCCCUUUUAUUCCACCAUGUUGCAUAAGGUAGAUUUUUCAAAUAAGGCAGUGAUUGCAGCUAGAUCAUCCUCCAAGGCCAAGUAAAGGAUGAAAACUCCCUCAUUCUUACAAGUAUUCUUACUACAUUUAUUUUGAUGUUUUUUUUUUUGCCUACAGUAUGGAUAAAAUACUUAUGAUUAUAUAUCUUUGGCCCAGACUGACUGACUGACUUGCUUAUUGAUAGAAUCUUUCCUUGAUAUAUUUUGUAACAUGAUUCCAUAAUUCUAUUUGAGAAUCCUUUUUUUUUUUUUGCACUCCUGGGUAAGAAAUUUAUUUGGUGACUGUUUUUCAAUGAUAAGAUAGUUUAUAUAUAUAUAUCUAUAUUUUUAUAUAAACAAACUAAAUCUAGUGAUUCAGAUUGCCAAACCCACUCCUCCUCAACACUCUUCUUUGUCACAUUCAUUACUGGAAUAACAGAAUUCCUUAAAGUUACUUGGAAUUAAUUAUUCUUGCAAGAAUGAUAAUGAAUACAGGUAGCUUGCAAAAGUGGCUAAUUGAUUCAUGAAUUUCACUUGAUGUUUCACCAAAAUUUCAAAUUUGUUGCCUCUCCUUGGCCAAAAUACACAAUCACUGUCUACCUUAUGUGCCAAAAAAAACUGUGCGAACAUGAUGUUGAUGUUAUUUUUUGGUUUUCAGCUGGGCUCGUUUCAGACAUUUGUUGAUGGUUAUAAAGAUGCAGAAUUUCACCUGAGGAAGUUUGAAGUGGAACCUCUUCAAGCCAUUACAAACAAAGAUUUUCUGAUACAAUUUCAAAAACUUGUUUGUCUUGAUUAUAUUAUUAGGAAUACAGGUAUUCAACAAUCUUAAAUAAUAAAAUGUUAUUUUAUCUUUUCAGUUACAAUAUUGCAGUAAUCAGGUACCUCACCCAGUAGUAGUAUAGCACAAUGGUGAUGUCAAGUCUUUAACUCCCAUGACCUAAUUGAUAAUUCUCCAAUCUGGCUGAUACACAUUUCCUUGUAAAUAAGUUACAAGAAUUUCAUGUUAAAUCAAGAUAAGAACCUGUAGCUGGCCAGUUCGGGUAAUCUCAUUAUCUGUUUGCUGGAUAAUGUAUGAAUACUAUAGGGAGAAGAUACAUGUUCAUCACUUCUGGAUGUUGAAGAGUUAAUCUAAUUACAUGCAUCAAUCCAUUAGCUUACUUUUUAUGCAUUGUCCAUUUCUUUUUACCCAUUUUAAUUUUAGAAUAAUUAUUCAUUGAAUUUGGCCCUAUCAAAUAAUUAAUACACACUGUGAACUUAGGCAGGUGAUUGUUUUAAUAUCUUUGAUGGUUUGAUUCUUAACUCUUUACCUCCCAUGAGUGACCAAGAGAGAAUCUCUCCUUACAAUAUCAAUACAAUAUCAAGCAUAGAAGUGAUAAGAAUAAAGUAUAAUAUCAAUUAGGGGAUUAUUAAUUGAUCCAAUACCAAAUUCUCCAAAUUUACAUCAUAAGAAUUGUAUGACAGACAGUAAGGAGAAUUACUAAUAAGAUCUUGGGAGUUAAAGGGUUAAUCUAAUAACCUUUUAACUCUCAAGAGUGACCAAGACAAAAUAUCUCCUUAUGAUAUCAAUACCAUAUCAAGCAGACGAGUGAUGAGAAUAAGGAAAAAUAUCAGGGAAUUAUUGGGGGAUCUAAUAUCAAAUUCUCCAAACAAAAGUCAUAACAAUGGUAUGGCAGAUGUAAGGAGAAUUACUAACAGGAUCUUUGGAGCGAAAGGGUUAAGACAGGCCAUAAAAUGCAGACACACAUGAAAUACAAACAUAUGAAAAUAAGCAAACGUAUACAAAAUUGUUCAAACAAAUUUGCUGACACAGCUUACUUCAAAUGACCUACUAUUUUUUUUUUUUUUUUGUUCUGUCAGAUCGGGGAAAUGAUAAUUGGCUUAUCAAAUAUGAAAGAACUCCAGAAGUUGAUCGGCAAGUGGAAGGUGAAGAGGGGGUGAGUCUUGUCUCUUAACUUACUUAGGGUGAUAUAAAUUGAUUAUUAGCACUUGAUAUUAGAGCAACAGUGUUUGAGUCAGGGUGUGUGUACCUUGUCUUCUUCAGUGCUAAUUUAAAAACUCUUGUUUAGAUAUAUCUAUUUAUCUAUUUUUUUUUUCAGGGUGACUGGGAUUAUGUAGACCCCCCAAAGAUAUAUGUAGCUGCCAUUGACAAUGGGCUGGCAUUUCCUUUUAAGCAUCCAGACUCUUGGAGAGCCUGUAAGUUGACUUAAGCAGCUUGUUCAAUCCCUAUUACAUGAACAAGACUUUAUUCCCAACAGAAUUCUAGGGUCUGGCAUUGGAUUUCUCAUAGGAGCGCAAAUUUCUUCCUUCAUUGCACGUUCUUGGCAAGACGAAUAACAUCAAUCCCUAAACCCUUUAAUUCUCAACUCUCCCUUCUUGCUGCUGCACAUUUCCUUGUAAAUUAGUUAGAAGAAUUUGAUGUUAGAUCAAGAUAAUAUUUUCAUCUGAUAAGUUCGAGUAUUCUCAUUACAUGUACCUGUUUGCUGGACAGUGUAUGCAUAUUUUUAGGGGGAAGUUUUGUGUUAAUCACUUCAUGGAGUUAAAAGGUUAAGACUUAAUUUGAUUCUGAGCUUACUGUCUAAAUUUCCGCCUAUAGUUAUCAAAGGUGACUUUUCAAACCAUAACUACGUUUAGUUUCUCGUUAACAAUAGGUAUCGUCACUCUUUGGCAGAUAUUUGUACGAGUUAGAAGUGCCAUGCUGUAGUACCCAAUCCAUACUUACUUUUUCUUUUUACCUCUGGCAGAUCCAUUUUACUGGGCAUGGUUAACACAAGCGAAGGAACCGUUUAUGGAUGAGAUUUCUGACUUUGUAUUACCUCAAAUAGCAGAUAUGAACUUUGUUCAGGACCUCACUGAGGACUUAUACCUACUCUUUCGGGUAUGUAUUUUUCGCUUUUAAUUUAAAACCCGCUUCUCGGGGAAUUCUGAAAUACAUGUUGUCAUUUUUUUUCCAUUUUAGGAGGACAAAGGCUUUGAUAAAUCGCUUUUUGAGAGACAGAUGUCUGUUUUAAGAGGACAGGUAAGCAUGCAAUCUAUUUUUUAUUUCAUGAUAACUUCUGAUUUACAAUUAAGUUUUUCCUAGAAAUAAACCGACUGAGUGGUCAUUUCUUUUCUUUGUCAGAUACUAAACUUAACUCAGGCUUUGCGGGACAAGAAAUCCCCUCUGCAACUUGUGCAAAUGCCCGUAGUCACUGUAGAAAGAAAGAAAAUUGAAUCUGGAGAUCGACUGAGAAGCCAAAGUCACGCAUUCACUCAAAGCUUUCAACACCGACCGCCGUUUUUCUCAUGGUGCUAACCAAAGAAGUGUCAUGCGACGAACUUUGUAACCAGUGAUUUUCUCAGUUGAUUCAAACUGAUGAAUAGUGCGCUCUCUGAGAUUUGUGGGGUAAUGUCGUCAGUCUAACAAUUGCGGGGAAUUUGGCAUCCAAUAAGUCUUACUAGACAGCCAUAAUCUUGUUUUCCAUUGGUGAUAUGGGACUGACAUCAUUGAAUGUGCAACCUCGCUCGCUCGUACUGGAAAAAUUUGCGCGUACGUUUGGCAGAAGAUCCAAAAUGAUUCAAAGCGACGAAAAUGGUUUAGAAGUGUUGGAUAC